AAGCCGCGCCCCAACAUUUUGCUGGUGCUUCUUCUUCUCCCUCCCCUGUGUGCUUUUUCUUUGUAUCUAUAAACUCUCCACUCUUCGCGGGGCGUUUCACACACACGACAGCCUCUGCAUAUCAGUUUGCGCAGCCGAACUUGUCUGCGCUUCAGGGUCGUCGUAUCGUAUAUCGUAUAUCGAUAAGCCUGCCCCUCCAAAAAAAGCCAGCCAGCCCCAAGCCCCUCGCGCGCAGCAGAGGACACACAGCCCCUUCCGCCUCUCUCUCGCUGCCCACUGCUGGGACAUGCCACACUCCGAGUCGCCUCCCAUGGCCCCCGCUAUCGUCGUGGACAAGACGGGUGCCGCGGCACCCUCGCAGGAAGACGUCGAUGCGUUCCUGGUCAGCAUCCUGACGGCCAAAACGUCGCACGCCUCGGUCGAGGCGGCAUAUGCGCUCACGACGGUGCUGCAGAACUCGGUCGGGUUCCGCGGGCUCAAGGGCUACGGAAUCCUCGACGAGAUCAAGAAGGCGGCGGUCAGCAAGAAGGAGCCCGUGCGGAGAGAGGGCGCCACAAACGCCCUGGGCGCCUUCUUCGAGCGCUUCCCGCGCACCCAGAAGCUGACCGAGGUCGUGUUCCUGCUGCAGGACGAGGCCCUCGUGCCGCUGGUGCUCGACGCGCUGGCCGACAAGACGGGCUCGGUCAAGGAGUCGGCCAAGUAUGCGCUCGACUCGCUGUUCGACAACCUGACGGCCGAGGCCAAGGUCUUCGGCCUGCUGCCCAUCCUGACCCGCUACCUGGGCAAGAAGUCGGGCAAGUGGCAGGGCGCCGUCGGCGCCUUUGAGCUGAUUGCCCGCAUGGCCGACAAGGCCAAGAUGGGCAUGGAGAGCCUCGAGAUCGAGAAGGAAAAGGACGUGCUGCGCGAGUCCAUGGGCAAGAAGCUCGAGAGCCUCAUCCCCGUCGUCGAGGGCGGCAUGCACGACCUCAAGUCCGAGGUCGCCAAGCAGGCCGUCAAGACGAUGAACAGCCUCACCACGCUCCUCCAGAACGACGACAUUGCGCCCCGCAUCCCGCUGCUCGUCAAGGCCAUCGAGGACCCCUCCACCCAGACGCUGCAGAAGGCCAUCCACGCCCUGUCGCAGACGACCUUUGUCGCCAUCGUCACAUCGCCCGUCCUGGCCAUGGUCACGCCCCUGCUGGAGCGCUCGCUCAACUCCCCCUCGACCUCGCAAGAAGUCACCCGCCAGACGGUUGUCGUCGUCGAGAACCUGACCAAGCUCGUCCACGACCCCAUCGAGGCCCGCGCCUUCCUGCCCAAGCUGAAGCCUGGUGUCAAGGCCGUCCAGGACCGCGCCUCCCUGCCCGAGGUCCGCGAGAUCGGAGCCCGCGCUCUGGCUGUCAUCGACCAGGCCAUCGCUGACAAGGACGGCACCGUCGACAGCCGUGUGUCCCCUGCCGAUGUCACCAAGGUCCUGGAGAAGCAGAUCAGCGCUCACGGCAGCCUGUCCAACUUCCCCGGCGACGCUGAUGUGUUGGUACUCGCAAAGCGCUACAUCUCGGACAUGAUCGCCGAAGACGUCUAUGAGCGCGAGCUUACCCGCCUUCCUCAGCUCAUUGCUCCCUACUUGUCAUCUCUCAUGAACGCUGAAGAUGCCGAAAAGGUGGCAGAGGCCGUGCACCAGUUCUACCUUGACGAGGACCACCGCAAAUUUGGCCAGCCCGUCCAGGAAGACGACGGCGAGGUCGAGAUCGUCAACGCCACCUUCUCCCUCGGAUAUGGUGGCAUGUUGCUCCUCUCCCACACAAACCUGAAGCUGCUCAAGGGCCAUCGCUAUGGUCUCUGUGGUCGCAACGGUGCUGGCAAGUCCACGCUCAUGCGCAGUAUCGCCGAUGGCAAGCUGGAGGGAUUCCCACCGCAAGACCAAGUCAAGACCUGCUUCGUCGAGCACAACCAGGGUGAAGAUGCCGAGAUCACCAUUCUCCAGUACAUCUGCAACGACCCAAGGUUCAAGGACGAGAGCAUGGAGCGUAUCACUGAAGUUUUGGAAGAGGUCGGCUUCAGCUCGGGCCCCGAGGGCAGACAAGCGAACAAGGUUGGCUCUUUGUCCGGAGGAUGGAAGAUGAAGCUGGCCUUGGCGCGAGCCAUGCUUAUGCGUGCCGAUGUCUUGCUGCUCGACGAACCUACCAAUCACUUGGACGUUGCCAAUGUCGCCUGGUUGCAGGAGUACCUGAAGAAGCACACCGAGAUCACCAGUCUGAUCGUGUCUCACGACUCUGGAUUCCUUGACGAAGUCUGCACCAACAUCUACCACUACGAGCAGAAGAAGCUGGUUUGCUACAAGGGUAACCUUGCUGAUUUCGUCAGACAGAAGCCAGAGGCCAAGAGCUACUACACCCUUUCUGACUCUCAGGUCAAGUUCAAGUUCCCUCCUCCCGGUAUCCUCACCGGUGUCAAGUCCAACACUCGUUCCAUUCUUCGCAUGACAAACUGCACAUACACCUACCCUGGCGCAGUCAAGCCGUCGCUCACCGACGCGUCUUGCAACUUGUCUCUCUCAUCUCGUGUUGCGAUUAUCGGCGCCAACGGUGCCGGUAAAUCCACCCUCAUCAAGAUCCUUACUGGUGAAGCCGUGCCCCAGGAGGGUAAGGUCGAGAAGCACCCCAACUUGCGUCUUGGAUACAUCAAGCAGCACGCUCUCGAGCACGUUGAGAUGCACAUGGAGAAGACACCCAACCAGUACCUCCAGUGGCGUUAUGCCAACGGUGACGAUCGCGAGGUGCUCAUGAAGCAGACCCGUAUCCUCACUGAAGCGGACAAGGCCCAGAUGGAGACGGUCAUUGAUAUCGGUGACGGCAUGCAACGCAAGAUUGAGGCGCUCAUCGGUCGUCAAAAGUACAAGAAGAGUUUCCAGUACGAGGUCAAGUGGAUGCACAUGAUUCCCAAGUUCAACACCAUGGUAUCUCGCGAGACGCUACUCGAGAGAGGUUUCUCCAAGCUGAUCCAGGAGUUCGACGAUCACGAGUCUUCGCGUGAGGGUCUUGGUUACCGUGUUCUGGAACCCAAGGUCAUCUCCAAGCAUUUCGAGGAUUUGGGCAUGGACCCCGAGAUUGCGAACCACAAUGAGAUCUCUGGUCUCUCUGGUGGUCAGAAGGUCAAGGUUGUGCUUGCCGGUGCCAUGUGGAACAACCCGCAUCUCCUCGUCCUCGACGAACCUACUAACUUCUUGGACCGUGACUCUCUCGGUGGUCUCGCUGUUGCUAUCCGUGAUUACAAGGGUGGUGUCAUUAUGAUUUCCCAUAACGAAGAGUUCGUCGGCGCGUUGUGCCCUGAACAAUGGCACGUCGCCGAUGGCAAGGUUGCACACAAGGGCCAUCUCGCCGUCAACAUGGACCGCUUUGAGGACUCGCGUCCCGGCUCGAGCGCAGCUAGCAGCAACGUCAGCAGCGCAGCGCCUAGCACAGUUGGCACUCCCGCGGCGAGUGACACUGAAGGUGACAUGAAGUUCAAGGCAAAGAAGAAGAAGAAGAUGACGAAGAAGGAGCAGAAGGACAGGGAAGUGAGGAGGCGACUGAGGUAUAUCGAUUGGCUGAACAGCCCCAAGGGCACUCCUCAGCCUCCUAAUACGGAUGACGAAGCGGAAUGAUUGCGGCAUUGACUGACGAAUUUGAUGCUUGAUAUCUUAGACUACUUGCUUGCAUUGUAUGGCGUUCAUAGAGUGGCUGGGACUUGGAC